AUGUUCACUGCCCCCCAGUCCAGCUUGAUGGGGAAGUGCCGCCGGCCCCGCACAGCCUUCACCAGCCAGCAGCUCCUGGAGCUGGAGAACCAGUUCAAGCUCAACAAAUACCUGUCCAGACCCAAGCGCUUUGAGGUGGCCACGUCACUGAUGCUCACAGAGACACAGGUGAAGAUCUGGUUCCAGAACCGCCGCAUGAAGUGGAAGCGGAGCCGCAAAGCCAAGGAGCAGGGGGCUCAGGCAGAGGCUGAGAAGCAACGAGGGCUCAGCAAAACCUGUGAGAAGCUUCUGCCCAGUGAGCCCCAGGGACAAGCUGCUGAGAGCCCUGAUUUCAUGGGGUGCAGUCCCAGCUCAGGCUUCCUGCACUGCAGCACUGCCGAGGUGGGCUAUGGCCCAGACUCCUCCUGCUCGGGUUUCGGGCAGAAGCAGUACCUGUCCAUCGCCGAGCGCGCCGAGUUCUCCAGCUCUCUCAGCCUCACCGAGACCCAGGUGAAGAUCUGGUUCCAGAACCGGCGCAUGAAGUGGAAGCGGAGCCGCAAAGCCAAGGAGCAGGGGGCUCAGGCAGAGGCUGAGAAGCAACGAGGGCUCAGCAAAACCUGUGAGAAGCUUCUGCCCAGUGAGCCCCAGGGACAAGCUGCUGAGAGCCCUGAUUUCAUGGGGUGCAGUCCCAGCUCAGGCUUCCUGCACUGCAGCACUGCCGAGGUGGGCUAUGGCCCAGACUCCUCCUGCUCGGGUGGUGAGGAGGAAGAAGAAGAGGAGGAGGAUGAGAUGGGUGCCACGGAGAGGAAGAUCGGCUCUGUGUUGUGA